AUUUGGCUGUAGUUUGCAAUUUGUUUGUAAACUUUUUUGUUGAUUAGUUUUGUCACUCAAAAAAAAAUCACUGUUUGUAUAGUUAUUUGACAAUUGUUUGCAUUAACCGAUAAUUUGAUUGCAAUUUGACAGACAAUUGAGUGGUAAUUGUGAUUUGAUUUAACCAUUUAAUGAUGAUUUUGAAGACCUAUUAGUUUUUGAAAAUGACUUCAAAUAGUGAGACAAAUAAUCGUAAGACAAUCACUUGUGUGCCGAUUGUCAGUUGGCUUCAGAAGAUAGCCCUCUAUGAGACCAAAGCCAGACUCUUCAUAAUCGGCUCCAACAACACACAGACCAGGUUUCGUGUGCUGAAGAUUGACCGCACGGUUAGCAAAGAACUCGAUGUCAUCGACGAUAAACUGGAAUACACUCAACAAGAGAUACGACAAUUGCUGGCAAUGAUCGAUGUCGGGAACCGGUCGUCAAAGACCAGCCACCAGUCGAGUCUUAACCGAACCAUUUCGGCCUUCGGUAUCGUCGGCUUUGUUCGCUUUCUUGAAGGAUAUUAUUUAAUAUUAAUUACGAAACGCCGACGAGUGGCUCAGUUGGGCCAUCACUCGAUCUACAAGAUAGAGGACACACAGAUGGUGUACAUACCAUCUGAAGUGGACAAAUCCAAUCACGAAGAGACAAAAUAUUAUAAAUUGUUUCAAAAUGUUGACCUGUCGUCCAAUUUUUACUUUAGCUAUUCCUAUGACUUGAGCCAUACAUUACAGUAUAAUAUGAGUGAAACACUUCUACGCAAAUAUCGUAUCACAGAUACCAGUGAUCAGAAACAGGAUAAGACUAUUUGGGAAUUGGGUUUGGGUUCCGGUGAGGACAGCAAUCAUUUAACUCAUAAAUUUGAAGUCCAUACGGGAGGCGUCCGCACGAAACCCAACUGGAAGUUCGUAUGGAAUGAGUAUUUAUUACAGAAUCUUGAUUUACAUCCCGAUUGGAUUCUUUACAUUUGCCACGGAUUUGUGGCCCAAAACAAUAUCAGUGUUUUCGGUCGACCAAUUCAUUUGACACUUAUUGCCAAAAGAUCGAAGAAGUUUGCCGGAACUCGCUUUUUAAAACGCGGCGCCAAUUGCGAGGGCGAUGUGGCCAACGAAGUGGUUACCGAACAGAUAGUACACGACGCGAGUAUUUCUUCAUUUACAGACGGUUUCUAUACGUCAUUUGUGCAAAUGCGUGGAUCAAUUCCGUCAUAUUGGUCACAGGAUAUAUCCAAAAUGGUACCGAAACCGACCAUUCAAUUAGAUAUUAUUGAUCCGUUUUAUGCAGUGGCCGGCCGUCACUUUAAUCAAUUGUUUUAUAAUUACGGUUCUCCUAUAAUAUGUUUGAAUUUAGUUAAACGUAAGGAACAAAAGCCACACGAAAGCGUCUUAAGCAAUGAAUUUAUAAAUACAGUCAACUAUUUGAACCAAUUUUUGCCACCAAAACAUCAAAUCGAUUACAUAGGCUUUGAUAUGGCCCGCGUUAAUAAACUGAAAGACGCCAAUGUAAUGACCAGAUUGGCUGAAAUAGCAUACUAUACGCUCAAACAAACCGGUAUUUUCCAAAGCAAACUAACUGUACUAAACCAAGAGGUGAACAAAUCUCUCAUUCAGAAAGACAAACGAACUCUCGGUGGAUAUCGACUCAAUUCGGGCCGUAUAUUGCAGACCGGUAUUGUUCGGGUUAAUUGUGUCGACUGUCUCGACCGCACUAAUACAGCUCAGUUUGCAUUGGGAAAGGUAGCUCUAGCUUUUCAGCUCUACUCUCUUGGAAUUUUACCGAAACCCGAACUGGAAUUUGAAUCGGACACCGUUCGCAUGUUGGAAGAGCUCUAUGAAGAUCACGGCGAUACUCUGGCCCUACAGUACGGCGGCUCUCAAUUAGUGCACCGCAUUAAGACUUACCGAAAGAUAGCACCGCUUUCAUCGCACUCGAGAGAUAUAAUGCAAACACUUUCCCGUUAUUAUAGUAAUGCCUUUUCUGACGCCGAAAAGCAAAAUGUUAUGAAUUUGUUUCUCGGAGUAUUUCAACCCAUUAAAGGACAGUCAAUUUGGGACUUAUAUACCGAUUUUUAUUUGCAUAACUCAUUGGCUUCCGGUAGACAGUUGGCCGGUAGUCAUAGCAAACACUACACGAAAUGGUGGAGCGAUGAAGUUGUACGAGCAUUGCCCAGGUCUGCACUGGAGUUUAAAAAGGGAACUCCAGAUUCGCUUAUUUGUUUAACAAGAGAUAUCGGUGUCGAUGAAAGGACAGACGGUUAUUACGAACAAUACCGACCAUACGAGUUGACUGUAUUUACCGAUUCGUUGUCGUUUAACAUACCUAACAGUUGCAAAGAUUUUAUGCCAAACUUUACCGCUGAUUACAGCCCUUUUAGUGUAAGACAGAGACCGGGUAAACGUCGAGAAUCACUAAUGGGUUCAAGUGGUUCAAAAUUACCGCCACCGCCUAAUCCAUCAGUAUCUGGUCGGGCGUCCACUUCAUCGGCAUCUAGCAGUGCCAGUGAAUUGGAAAGUGAUUCCGACGAUGACGACGAUAAUGGAUACGAUUUCGCCAAUUUUCGGACCGAUAAUUCCGAGGCUGAAGAGUCACUGCCUAGUCAUCCAUCGCCGAAUCAUAUCAUAAAAAUGAAUUCCGACCACAUUUAUGGUUCGUUAGUCAAGAGACCCCUUCAGAAAGACAUUGAUCUCUAUAAGAAUUAUCUAAGUAUUGGCACAAAUGCCGGUGAGAUCAGAGAGUCAUCGACGACAUUGUCGACUAAGACUACAAAACAAGUGAACAAUUUAGACGAAUACACUGAUACAGCGUUUUCGGUUAAACCUCCCAUUGUGUCCAAUAAUAGUCUCAAUCAAUAUAAACGGUAUAUUGAAUUAGGCAAAACUGGAACCACAAAAAUAUCGGACAAAACAAUGGAAAUAUACAAGAAUUAUAUCAAAUAUAUGGAUAAAAAUAAUGUUAAUGUUUAA